GUGCGUCCAGACCACCUGCAGCCGCUGGCGCAGGUGCAGUCGGCCGGCCUGCGGGCCACUGGCUGCGACACCGCCGCGGCCACCGCUUGGCUGCGGGAGCGCGCUGGCAAGGAGGUCGCCAUCGGCGGCGCCCGCGGCGUCCCCACGCAUUUCGUGGCCAUCGCGGAGCUGGCCAAUCCGCAAGGCGCCCAGGGGGCGGAGCCCUGCCAGCUGCGCGUGCGUUCGGUUCGCGACGGCGAGGAGGUCACCUUCGCGCGGCCCGGGGCCGCCCCGUGCUCGGUGCUGGUGGCGCUCGACCGCGAGGCACCCGCGGAGGUGGUCGGCCUCCUGGGCGCAGAGGCGAGCGCCGAGGCGGCGCUAUCUGCCGCGCUGCUGCUCUUUUGCCGGGCGCUCCACGUCACAGAGAUGACCUGCGACCUGGGAGCCGCGGGCGACGCCAGCCUUCUGGUAGUGGACGCACAGCUCCAGAUCGACGAGGCCGCGGGCUACCUGGCCGGGGCGCUGUGGGGCACGUGCCGCUUCCCGGUGCCCUUCGGCCGUCUGGAGCUGCCCGAGGAGGCCGCCAUCCACGAGCUGGACAGCCGCACCGGCGCGUCGCUCAAGUUCACGCUGCUGAACCGGCUGGGGCGCGUCUGGACUCUGAUCGCGGGGGGCGGCGCUAGCGUGGUCUAUACAGACACAAUUUGCGAGUACGGCUUCGCGAAGGAGCUGGCGAACUACGGGGAGUAUUCGGGCGACCCCCCCGAGGAGUUUGUCUACGAGUACGCGAGGACCAUCCUGAGCGUGAUGACAAGCACCCCCGAGCCGCACGGCAAGAUCCUGCUCAUUGGAGGCGGGGUAGCCAACUUCACGGACGUCGCCAGCACCUUCAAGGGGAUCGUGAAAGCUCUGCGCCAGUUCGGCCCCGCACUGAAGGCCUGCGGCACCAGCGUCUGGGUACGCCGCGGGGGGCCCAACUAUUCCGAGGGGCUGGCCCUCAUGAGGCGCGCUUGCGAGGAGAUCGGCGUCCCCGCGAAGGUCUACGGCCCCGAGGCGCACAUCACCUCCAUCGUGCGCGACGCGCUGGCCAGCCCCGCCGGCAGCGCAGGCGACCGGCCGCAGGAGAAGGCGGUGUUCAGGCUGAAGAGGCCCAGGGCAUCUUCCGCGGUGCCGGAUGGCGCCAAGCGCCAGCGCUUCUCGGCCGAGACGAGGUCCGCGGACGCCCCCCGGGCCAUAGUGUACGGCAUGCAGACGAAGGCGGUGCAGCGCAUGCUGGACUUCGACACGCUGUGCGGCCGCAAGGCGCCCAGCGUCGCCGCCAUCAUCAACCCAACCGGCGAGGCGUCCUUCGAGAAGUUCAUGUUCGGGUCUUCCGACGUGCUGGUCCCUGUCUACCCGAGGCUGGCGGACGCGGUCGAGCGGCACGGCAAGGUCGCGAGCAUGCUGGUGAACUUCGCCUCCUUCCGGUCCGUGCACGGCGUGACGAUGGACGCGCUGCAGUUCAGCGAUUGCCUCAAGACGCACGCCAUCAUCGCCGAGGGCGUGCCCGAGGCGCUGACCCGGCGCCUGCAUCAGGAGGCGGCCAAGAGGAAGGUCGACAUCCUCGGCCCCGCCACCGUCGGGGGCAUUGCGCCGGGGCGCUUCAGGAUAGGCAACGCUGGCGGCGCGGUCGAGAACCUCCUGCUCGCCAGGCUCUACCGCCCCGGCUCCGUGGCGUACACCACCAAGUCGGGCGGCAUGUCCAACGAGCUCAACAACAUCGUGGCCCUGAACACCGACGGCGUGCGGGAGGGCAUCGCAAUAGGCGGCGACCGCUGGCCCGGCCUGCGCUUCCUGGAUGUGCUGCUGCGGUUCGAGGCGGAUCCCGCGGUGAAGAUGAUGGCCCUGCUCGGCGAGGUCGGCGGCCGCGAGGAGUACGGCGUCGCCGAUGCCAUCCGGGACGGCCGCAUCACCAAGCCGGUCGUGGCGUGGUGCUGCGGAACCGCCGCGGAGGCCUUCGACUACGACGUGCAGUUCGGGCACGCGGGCGCCCGCGCCCGGAGCGGCGGCGAGACCGCGGGGGCGAAGAACCGGGCGCUGGCCGAGGCGGGCGCCUUCGUCCCCGACAGCUUCGACGGCUACGGGGACCUCAUCGCGCGGGUCUACAGGGCGUUGGUGGACAGCGGCGAGAUCGAGCCGCAGGGCGCAGAGCUGCCUGCCCCGGCGCUGCCAGCGGACUUCGACUCGUUGAAGAAGAAGGGUUUGGUGCGGAAGCCCGCGAGCUUCGUGUGCUCCAUAUCGGACGACCGCGGCGCCGAGCCCACGUACGCAGGCGUGCCGAUCUCCGAGAUCGCCGCGGACGCGGAGCUGGGGGUGGGCGGCGCGAUUUCGCUCCUGUGGUUUAGGCGGCGGCUGCCUGCGUACGUGUCGAGGUUCAUGGAGCUGUGCGUCAUCACGACGGCGGACCACGGCCCUUGCGUCUCCGGCGCCCACAACACCAUCGUCGCUGCUCGGGCGGGCAAGGACCUCGUCUCCUCGCUGAUCUCGGGGCUGGCCACCAUCUCGGGGUUGGAGAAUCCAGGACUGCGAUAUCUGUGCACCUUCGACCACUCUGGGGCCUCCGUGGCCGUGCCCGCCGCCGCGGCCGGGUGUGCCUCGAAGGAGUUCGUCGAGCAGUGCAAAGCCCAGAAGAAGGUCAUCGUGUGGAGACACUUCGCGGCGACCCCGCUGCUGGAUUUCGCGCUCGCGGUGGAGCAGAUCACCACGAGGAAGAAGGCGAACCUCAUUCUCAACGUGGACGGCGCCAUCGCGGUUUGCUUCGUAGACCUGUUGCGCGGCUGCGGCUCGUUCUCCAAGGCGGAGGCGGACGAGCUCGUGGAGAACGGCGUGCUCAACGGGCUCUUCGUGGCGUCCCGGACGCUCGGGCUGGUGGGGCAUUUCUUGGACCAGAGGAGGCUGAAGCAGCCGCUGUACAGGCAUCCACAGGACGACGUCACCUACAUCCAGUAG